CAAACAAAUUAAUAAUCUUAAGAUGGGCAUUAAAUAGAAUAAACGCAAUUAUGGCUACACAAGAAGACGUUCCUGCUGACAGAGCUAUCAAAGAGAGCUCCUCCAGUGAUGUACAUAAGAGGGAAGAGUGUAAGGAUGCCCCUCUUUCCAACCAUCCCUUGUCAUUAUGCUGGUCCUAUGGCUUCAACUCCUCUCUCCCAGUCCACAAUGUGUCCGAGGGAACACGGAAGAUGGUGUUCUAUGUGAGCAGUCAUGUUGGAGUGCUAUUGGACAUAUCUGACAAUACACAGAUGCUACUACAAGGCCACGCCCACUCUAUAGUAGCCACGGCCGUGAGUGGAAACAAGCGAUGGAUAGUCACUGCUGAUAUUGGGCCCAACAGCACUCUCAUUGUGUGGGACUCCUACACAGGUGUUCCAGUGUGUACACUAUUUGAUGGACUGGGUGAGGGCACUACUUCAGUGGCUCUAUCAGAGGAUGCCAAGUACCUGGCCACUCUGUCUGCAGAUACUCCUCAGGUGGUGUGUGUGUGGGACUGGAGCAGUGGGUGUGAGGGUCCCCUCUGUACUACCAGCCUCAGUGUAGACUCUGGUCCUCAGGAUCACCUUGUCUUCCAUCCCUCUGACAAUCAGCAACUUGUGAGCAACAGUGAGGACAGUGUAGUGUUCUAUACCUGGGCUGGUGACAAGAUGAGAGCUACCUCUACACUAGUAUCAGACAAGGACUUCAAUAAAUCCACUGGUGAGUUGACCCAGUCUGUGUUCAUCCCUGGCACUGAUAGAGGGAUCACUGGCACCUCUGAGGGCUGUGCUGUAGUGUGGGGGCCUAGACCUAACCAGGAAGGCUGUGGUAGGAGACCAGAAAAACUAAUGAAACUCCUCGACUGUCCUGUUACCGUGGUGACCACUGUCAACAGCUUUGUAGUGACUGGUGAUGUAUCUGGUAGGAUCAAGUUCUUUGACUCGUCCCUCAAGUUGCUCCACUGGUAUGACAGCAGUGAGCAGUAUGGACAUCUUGUGUCCAUCUCAUUCGCCCAUCAGCCGCCCAAACUCUCUGACAACCACCAGUAUCCUGGUGAUGCCACUAUGAGUGGAGGGCCAUUCCUUGUCCCUGACUUCAGCACCAGCUCUAGCACAGCCACCAUCACACACACCACUGCCAAUGGAUCACUCAUACAGUCAGUACUGGAUGAGCAUGCAGACUGUGUGAGUGCCCUCUCGACCCAUCCCUCUCUACCUAGACUAGCAGUGGCUAGUACUAAACUAAAGCUCUGGGACUACACUACACGCCAAGUGGUGGCAGCAAGGCACUUCAAGGAGGGUGUGGAAAUACAGUGUAUCACCUUUGACCCUAGUGGUGACAUCAUUGGUGUUGGGUUCAGUGAUGGCGGUGUGGUUCUGUUGGAUGCUCUCACAUUGCACAGUCUGCAGACUGAUCCUUGGCACUACUCUCGAGACUGUGUCUCUUUCAUCACGUUCUCUCAUGACUCUACCUACCUUGCUACUGCCGAUGCUGACUGCUGUGUGAGUGUGUACGUGUGUGGAGAGGGAGGGAGGUGGUCCUUCCUGGCCAAGCAUCGCUCACAUCACAAGCCCAUUGUCGGCCUACUGUUUGGGGUUCAAUUAGACUCCACCCUCCCCAGGCUGCUCUCACUGGGCCAGGACAGACACAUUGUGGAGUAUGACCUGGCUGGCAGUAGUCAAGAUGACCUCAUUAUACACUCCAUAGAGAGAGUAGAGCAAAGUGCCACACCCACUUCCCUUAUAUGGUACCCUCCUCUCGUUAAGGAAUCAUUCAUCCUACUCUCCAAUGAUGAGUACAAGCUGAAGCUGUUCAACUCCACCACUAAGAUGUGUCGGCAGACGCUACUGGGGCCUGCCUUUGAAACACCCAUCACAAGACAGCUGCUGCUCCCUGGAAUGGUAGUGAGGGGCUCUGAAGGAGAAGAGGUUCGCAGGUACCUAGCCUACACCACUCAAGACAAGGUGGGCCUCCUACUACUACCACACGAUGGAAACCCACACAACACCUCUUGCCUGCUGGCCCACUCUGGGAACGUGACUGAUUUAACUAGCUCUCAUGAUGGCUCCUACUUGUUCACUGCUGGAGGGCAUGACCACACUGUGCACAUGUGGACAGUUAACACGGGAGCCCUGGAGGCUCUCUCCCAGCUGGGAGGAGCUGGUCUAGAACCAUUCUACUCCCUCCUAGAGGGGGGGAGGGAGGGAGGGUUCUUCAAAGAGCUGGAGGAAUUCUUCUAUUAUGCUCAAAUAAGAAGUCAGAGUGUUGAGACUACUGGUGAGAGGGAAGUGUCAUGUACAGUGCCAGUGGAGCAACUACCUGACAUCAUGAGAGCUGUGGGUUAUUAUCCUUCAGAAGAACAGAUUGAGAACAUGGUGAAUGAAGUCAAGUUUAGUAAUUAUGUCUCCUCCAAAGUCUUCAAGACUCAGAUUGACCUUGGAGACACUCUGAAACUGUACAUUAAUCAUCGCCCUGCCUUUGGGUUGUCCCCUGGUCAGUUUCUGGAAGCCUUCAAAGCUCUGGGUCAAAGGUCAGGGGGGGAGUGCACUGUGGACAGGACUAAGUUAUUGGAGCUGCUACAAGAGAAAGGAGAGCAUCUCACAGAGACUGAGUUGGUGGAGUAUCUGAUGACCUUAUUAGGAGCUACUAGCAACCCUGAGGUAGAGGGUGCCUUCACAGCAGAGCCUGGGGAUGUACUGGCAGAGAUACCAAACACACUGACAGCCACACUGUUUGCGGAGGAACUAUUAGGACUAGCUACCUAACUACCCAACACAGUGUGUGUGUGUGUUCACCAUUAAUUACAUUAUUAUUAUUAUUGUACCUAUAACGUCUUCAGCAUAAUUAAUUUUCAACAAAAAUAAUUUGAUUUGCAAAA